AUGAUUGGAUCGACUCUCUGCUUAAUGGUUUGUCUUUGGAGAUGUACUUUGGCAAUUCCUCAUGGUUAUGUGCAAGAAUGUUUCACAGAUCUUGACUCACAAUAUCCUGAAGUCGUCACAGGAACGUAUGAUGUCGAUAUCCAUAAACAAGAUUCCAAUAGAUUCAAAAGAAAUGUAGUCCCUAAUAGUAGUGGUCAAUGGCCACAAACAAAGAUUCCAUACAAAAUAACUCAAGAUUUUUCUGAACUUGACAAGAAAAAGUUUUUAACAGCAAUGAAAACUAUUGAGGACCUAACUCGUUACAACGGAAAAGAUUGUAUUACUUUUGUUAAUCAAACUAACGAGGAAAUUUAUAUUAAAUUUGUAAAUGCAGAUGGUUGUGGCAGUCAAGUUGGAUAUAACGGGAGAGUGCAGAAAAUCUAUCUCAGCGUGUUCUGCCGGUCGAAUGGCAUCGUGGUGCAUGAAUUGCUGCACGUGCUCGGAUUGCGCCAUGAGCAAUCCCGACCGGACAGGGACGACUUCAUCGAAAUAAACACAACAAACAUCCAUCAAAAUCGUAGACCCAACUUUCGGAAAAUCGACUCAUCUUCCUUCAACACUCUCAACCUUCCAUAUGACUACGAUUCCAUAAUGCAUUACCCACACAAUGCAUUUGCAAUUGACGGCAGGUAUUCAACAAUAAUAACAAAGGUGAAAGGUGUCCGUAUUGGUCAACGGAUUGGAAUGAGUCAACUGGACAUCAAAAAAGUACAGAGAUUGUAUGGCUGUUUAGAACGAGAAUUGGUGCCUCCACAAAAUGGCAAUAUUUCAUCUCCAAACUGUACAUUUGAUAAGGGUUUAUGUGGCUGGAAUCACAGAGAAAUUAAUUCACCAAUGAAUGCCAAUAAAUGGGUCCGUCAUUCUUUCUUUGAAACAUCUCCAAAUACUGGACCAACAUACGACCACACUUACAGGACAUUUCAAGGUUUCUAUUUGUACCUGAAAGCUGUUCCGAACCAAGACAGUGUUGCAAGAAUUCAGACACCACAGCUGCCUCCUGGCAAUUACUGCUUGACAUUUUGGUACCAGAUACGGGGCUUAUCCAGGGUAUCACUUCAACUGAACAGAAUUGAGGAAGACAACAUUUCUCCUGGUUUAUUCUUGGCCGAAGGAAACCAAAGCCAAACUGAGAACUGGACGGAAGUGACCAUUUCAAUCACAGCCACAGCAAACACACAAAUUGAGUUUGAAGGUAGAAUUGGUAACAGUUCUUCCACUGAUAUUGCAGUCGAUGAUGUUAUAUUCCUGCCAAGGUUAUGUUCCAGAAAUCUCCAUACGUCUUCCAAAUAAA